CUUUCAAUUUUAAGGUUUUUUUUACGUGGCUAACAUAACUCAAAAUGCCGUGUGUAGGUUUGGAUCCGUACAAUGCCAGAUUGGGAUCCCUGGGUUUGCUUCUUCUAAGAACAGAGAGUGCGAACAUGCAGAUGCUGUGUACUGUUUUCGCCUGUAUGACGUGGCCAGAUUCAACUGUUUGCCAUAAAGCUACACGACUUGCAAUGUCUUUCAUCAAGGAGAUUGUGAUGAUAUGUAAGGAGGCUGGGUCCAGGAUUGCAGACACCGUCGUGGAUCAGUUGUUCUCUCAGGUCUUGAAGGGUCUCCAUGUUCAUGGCCAAGGUUCUACCGAAACAUACUUGACUUACACUGGACAGAACAUGUACGAACUUCUGAGGCCUCAGUACUCUUCUCUCCAACAAGUUCUCCUUCAAACAAACUGCUCCCUGGAGGAUUUACAUGCUUUUGAAGCUUCUUGUUUCGAAGGAAGAGAGGUUCCGGAAAAGAGGAAGAAAGAUCAGUUCAGGAAACUGGUGUCUGGAAUUGUCGGGAAACCCAUUGGCGAGUUGUUCAAGAAUGAGAUCAAGAUCAAAGAUCUUCCUCCAAUCGAGAUUCGUGUCAAGCCUGAACCGACAGGAACUGACGACCUGACUGGACUUGCUGAACUCUUUGAUCCAUCGAAGAGUUCAGAGAUAGCAUAAACUAAUAUAAAGUGAAAUCGUUCUCAGAACAAGCUAUUUUAAUUGAAAGAAACACAGAAAGCUCUCAGAGUUUGGUGUGAAUUUUUUUUUGUAAAAAGAACCAAAGUUCACAAGAGUCCAUUGCAUAGUACGUUUCACAAUGCAUUGUUUUUGACGAUUGCUGUAGAUGUUAAAUAAAGGUCAAACAUGUUUUC